GCUCGUCUGCUCCGGACUCCAUGACCGGCCCUCUGGCCCCUGGCGCUGCCCCGCCGCCGGCCGCCCCCAAUGGCAGCGCGGUGACCGAGUUCCUGCUUGAGGGCUUCUCCAGCCUGGGCCAGCGGCCGCGCGUCCUGCUCUUCGCCGUCUUCCUGGCGCUCUACCUGCUGACGCUCUCAGGCAAUGCGGUCAUCGUGUCCAUCAUCCGCCGCGACCGCCACCUGCACACGCCCAUGUACUUCUUCCUGAGCCUGCUGUCGGUCUCCGAGACCUGCUACAGCAUGGCCAUCAUCCCCCGCAUGCUGCAGGGCCUGCUGUGCCCGCACAUGCCCAUCCCGCGGCCCGCCUGCGCCGCCCAGCUCUUCUUCUACCUCACCUUCGGCGUCAACAACUGCUUCCUGCUCACGGCCAUGGGCUACGACCGCUACGCGGCCAUCUGCAGCCCGCUGCGGUACUCGGCCAUCAUGCGCAGGGCCGCCUGCGCCCGGCUGGCCGCCAGCUGCCUGGGCGUGGGGCUCUGCAUGGCCGUGGCGCAGGUCGCCUCCGUGUUCGGCCUGCCCUACUGCCGCGCCCGCGUCGUCGCCCACUUCUUCUGCGAUGUGACGCCGCUGCUGCGGCUGGCCUGUGCGGACACCACUGCCAACGAGAUCCUGAGCCUGGCCGUCAGCGUGCUGGUGCUGGUGGUGCCCAUGGGGCUGGUCUUCUGCUCCUACGUCUUCAUCAUUGCCACCAUCCUCAGGAUCGCCUCGGCCGAGGGCCGCAAGAAGGCCUUCGCCACCUGCGCCUCCCACCUCACCGUGGUCAUCGUCCACUACGGCUGCGCCUCCAUCGUCUACCUCAAGCCCAAGUCGCAGGCGUCGCCGGUGCAGGACCGGCUGGUGUCGGUGACCUACACGGUCAUCACGCCGCUGCUGAACCCCGUGGUGUACAGCCUGCGGAACAAGGAGGUCAAGGACGCACUGCUCCGGGCUGCCGGCCGCAAGCCGCUGUCUGACUGA